UAUAGCUUCCUUGAACAUAUUAUCAUCCUCCAUAACACAAGAAUAGAAAACUAAGAAUCAAUCCGGCCACGAUUUUCAUGAACAGUUACCAGAAAAUCAUGGCCGGCCUUAAUGUUGGGCUUCUUAUAAUGCUCGGAUUGAUUCAAAUUUCAGUUGCUUCUGUUGUUUCAACCGGAGAUUUCAAUAAGGAUUUCUAUAUUAUGUGGUCUCCUAGCCAUGUAAGCACUUCACGUGAUGGUCGAACAAGAAGUUUGAAGCUCGAUCAAGAAUCAGGUUCUGGAUUUUCUUCGAACCAGAAGUUUCUGUUUGGACAAAUUGACAUGCAAAUUAAACUAGUACCUGGUCGUUCGGCAGGCACAGUCGUGGCCUAUUACCUGACUUCUGAUCAGCCUAACCAUGACGAGUUAGAUUUUGAGUUCCUUGGCAAUGUGGUUGGGCAACCAUAUCUCCUUCAAACAAAUAUUUAUAUUAACGGCUUUGACAACCGUGAAGAAAGGAUCAAGCUAUGGUUUGAUCCGGCAAAGCACUUCCAUACGUAUUCAAUCUUGUGGAACAUUCACCAAAUUGUGUUCAUGGUGGAUGGGAUUCCCAUAAGAGUGUACAGAAAUCAUGGAGAGAAGGGAGUGGCAUUUCCAAUGUGGAGGCCGAUGAGUAUCAAAGCCAGCAUAUGGAACGGCGAAAGCUGGGCAACAAAUGGAGGCCGUGAUAAAAUCGAUUGGUCAAAAGCCCCCUUCUUAGUUUCUUUCAGGAACUACAAGAUCGAUGCCUGCUUGUGGAAAGGAUACGCAAGGUUUUGCAGGGUAGAUAGUCCUGGAAAUUGGUGGAAUAACAACAGGUUCAGCACCCUCACAUUUAGGCAAAGGAAUUUGCUCAAAUGGGUGAGGAAGCACCACCUUCUUUAUGACUAUUGCCAUGACUAUAAGAGAUUCCAAUUCAAGCUUCCCAAAGAGUGCUCUCUUCCCAAGUAUUGACCAAAAUGGAGAUCCCCACAGGCUGCAGUUCAGUUCAACAUAUAAUUUAUUGUGCUGACAUAUCAUUCAUGUCAGGACACUGGCCUAUGAAUAUCAAUUUUGCUGAUCUGAUCCAGUCCCAGACAACAUCUAUACCCUACUCUAUUAAAUUAAUAGCUGUUAUCUGAA